GCCGGAAGUGGCGGGCGGGCCGUGCCGGCGGGCCAUGGAGGGGCUGUACCACCAGACCGACAAGCAAGUCCAUGAGGUCCAAUCCUACAUGGGGCACCUGGAGACUUCAGACAAAGAGUCAGUGCACUUAGUAGAAAAUGAGAUUCAGGCGAGGAUAGACAAUAUCUUCAGCAACUUAGAGCGUCUGGAAAUCCUGUCCAGCAAAGAGCCUCCCAAUAAGCGACAGAAUGCUAAGCUACGAGUUGACCAGCUGAAGUACGAUGCUCAGCACCUGCAGACAGCUCUGAGGAACUUCCAGCAUUGCCGCUACGUGCGGGAGCAGCAGGAGCGGCAGCGAGAAGAGCUGCUUGCACGAACAUUCACCACCAAUGACUCUGACACCACCAUCCCGAUCGACGAAACCUUGCAGUUUAACGAAUCCCUCCAGAAUGCCCAUCGUGGCAUGGAUGAUCUUAUUGGCAGUGGGACCAACAUUCUGCAGGGCCUGAGGGACCAGAGAGUGACAUUAAAGGGUACUCACAAGAAGAUCCUGGAUGUUGCCAACAUGUUGGGCUUGUCCAACACAGUCAUGCGGCUGAUCGAGAAGCGAGCCUUUCAAGAUAAAUACUUCAUGAUUGGGGGGAUGUUUUUGACUUGUGUGAUUAUGUUUCUCGUCGUGCAGUAUCUGACAUGAGCUACCGAACUUCUGCUGGGGGAGAUGGUCUUUUGGAGCAAGAUGGACUGGACUGUCCUCCAAAGUGUCCUUUCCUCCGAAUGCUGCUUUGGAUGAAGCCCUCCUGGCAACUUCAAAGUUUACAAAUCACACUUGGACACACUGUCAUGUGGAAAACACAUCAGGAAACACAUUUCUCUGCAGACAUUGUAGAGAAUGACCCUAUAAAAAUACCCUGAGCCUUUACUGCUCUCAUCUUGUCUGCAAGUUUAAUAAUCUGGUUAAAUAAGAAGCAGAAGUGAAAAUUUUGCCUGGCUGUAUUGCAAGGUAGGAGUGUUCUUUUGGGUAGACAGGGAUAAGAGGAUGCAAAAGCAGAGCCCAAGAUGCUGUGAACUAGAAGUGACCAUGGUCACUGUAUUUUGCAAGGAAGGAAUGCUACUGAGGAGAACUCUGCAUCAUCCUGUGGGGUACAUGUACAAAAGGAGGCAUGAGGUGCAGGGUUUGCAUCAGCAAACUCACUGUUUGGCUUGGAGGGAGGAGGGUUUGUGGAAGGGGGCUACAAGCACAGGAAGAACCUCACUGACUUUUUUGUUUACUCAUACAGUAUUAACCAGCACAAAUCUUCCUGGUUUAGGCUGAAAGGCCUCUCCUCUUACCUGAGGUAUGUUUUGGUACCUUUUUAUGUCCCACUGCUUCCCAAUGGAAGCUGACUGCUCUACAUCAGGCCUGUGUCAUCUCACUGUGCCUAGUUCCAAACCCAGCCUCCCAAAACCUCUGGCAUUUGUGGUGCUCCUGCAUGUCACGUUUUGGUGAGUUGACUUCAUUUCCUGAGGGGACUGGUUGGGGUUUUAUGCUCUGCAACUGGUGUGUUUUGGAUCGAUGAAGCAGGCAAAUGCAGGCUGUCCUCACCUUCAGGUUUGUGGUUUCUAGGUUCAUGGAGCUGAGACAGGUUCUGCACGAUUCCUUUCAUUCAGAAUAACAGUGGGAUCAGUGUAACAGUCCUCUCACUUCAUAUCAGUUAUUAAAAGAGGUUCCUCAAGUUAGGUGCCUUGGGGUGGCAAACGUCCCUCAUCCUUAGGGUGUCCCUUGUGCUACCCUUUGUACCUGCAGAAUUACUGUGAGAGACCUUCUCAUGCCUGUCACUUCCCAGAACUGACAGACAGCUUAGAUAUGUCUCCAUGGUUGUAGGUGUCUGUCCACAGUUAAACAUUCACUUUUCUGAAAUGCCUCAUUGUUUAAGUCCUUCCACUGCAGGCUGCAGGUGCUCUCUGGGAAUGGCCAUCCUGAGCAUAAUCCAUCUCAAUCAAACUUUAGAUACAUUCCUCUUCCUGUUUGUGUACAACUCUGGAGCAUUUCUGGGUGUCUGAUGGUGGCACAGUAGUGUCAUAUUCAGAUGAUGUGGCAUAAUCCUGGUGACUCCUUCAUUUGUUUCUGUCUGGAAUGGUUGUGGGUCUUCUAGUUAGUAACAGAUGACAAAUUCUGUGUCCUGUCUUUGUUGAAAUAAGUUUUGCUUUUUUAUGUAGCCUGUUGCAAUUUUGUAUAAAUGACACCAAUAACUGUAAAAAAGUGAAUUUCAUUUAAUAUGGGCAAGUGAAAGGGGCUUUAGCUGCUCUGGUUUAUAGUUGCAUAACAAAAGGACCCCGUGCCACGUGUGCUGAGGCAAAGCUUUAGAGCUCAGAGGAGCUCCUAGUUGGAUCACAGGCUUGGCAGCUCCAUGCCUGGAUCCCAGGCAUGUUGAGUAUCCUGUGUGGAGCACACACACCUCCUGACUGUUUUGUGCUUCUCAGUGUCUUAUGCUUCUGGAGUGUUUGAUGUGCUUUGUGUUCCUUGGUCUGCUGGGCUUUCCCAAGGAAACACAUGAGCAGACCAAGAACUGGUUUGCAUUUGAGAAACUAGGGAAUUAAAAGGAAAAAAGUCUGCAGUGAUAUGUCUUACUGUUUCUUUAAUCUGAAUCUCAAAUCUAUCAAAUUUAUGUUAAAUAUGAAAUCUGAUAGAUGAGAUUGUCUCUCAGAUCCCUUGGGCACCUCCUAAGGGAACACUGCCAAAUUUCUUUCUGAUAAACUGGUCCAAUUCCACCUUGAUUUUUCAACUUCAUAGUUUAGUUUAAAGGAUGGAAUUUGACAGUUUAGUUGAUAAGAGUUGUGACCUGGUGUAGCAGGAUUUGUCUUACACCAAGGUGGGACUCUAGCCAAUUUGUUUCCUUUUUCAGCUUUUGGUAGGAGCCCUAAAAUAAUUGGGACUGGAUUUUUCUCUAAUUUUGAGACUAGCUUGGCAUUUUAAUACAUGUUUUGUGUUAAUUUAUUUUGCCCUUGCAGUCUCCUUGUGCAGGAUAAUUUUGCUUUUGUAAGCAAAGUGUCCUUGUUGGUCACUGUGUCUAAAGGUGAGAUGUGGGGCUUGAGGGAACCCCUUGGGAACCUAGAUUUGAUGAUGUGUAACUUCAGGUUUGUGCUACAUGUUAAGUCCAAAAUGAUUCACAAGCCCUCAAAGCCUCUUGUCAUCACAGUGCACCAGGAAGAGCACAGGCAGGGUCGAGAUGCCAGCUGACAGGAGACAGAGCUGAGACCCUGGUGGCUUCACAGAUGCUGCUGCUAUAGCUCUCUAAAGCUUCUCUUCCUAAAGACUCAGUUUUCUUUGGCAAAGCUGUUCUGCUUCUGAACUUGGGUGGCACAGCAAGUGUUCCAGUUGUGGGAUGAACUCUCCCUCCUGAGAGGACACUGUAGAAAUGAACUUGCCUCUGGAAAAAAAACUUUUUACCUGUAUUUUAUACAUGAAGGGCAAAGGGUAGGAUGUGAUAUGAUUCAUGUGAUGUGAAUAAAGAUUUUUCAAUCAAAA